AUGAUGAGCUACGGCGUGGACGCGCUCUUCGCCGGCCCGGGCGGCGGCGCCUUCCGCAAGGAGGCGGCCGGCGGGCGCUACCUGGCGGCGGCGCGCUCGGGCGGCGGCGGCGGCGGCGCCUCCUCGCUGGCGUCCAGCGGCUUCCACUCGCUGGCGUGGUCGCGCGGCUCGGCGGCCGGCUCCCGGCGCCUGGGGGCGGGCGCGCUGAGCCAGCUGGGCUCGAGCGAGAGCCUGGAGUCGUCGCUCAACGGCGCCGGCGGCGGCGGCGACCUGCGCGGGCGCAACGAGAAGGAGGUGCUGCAGGCGCUCAACGACCGCUUCGCCGGCUACAUCGAGAAGGUGCGCCAGCUGGAGGAGCAGAACCGGCAGCUGGAGGCCGAGGCGGCGGCGCUGCGCCAGCAGCAGGCCGGGCGCUCGGCCAUCGGCGAGCUGUACGAGCGCGAGAUCCGCGACAUGCGCGGCGCGCUGGUGCGCCUGGGCGCCGAGCGCGGGCAGCUGCAGCUGGAGCACGAGCGCCUGGAGGAGGACGUGGCGCGCCUGCAGCAGCGCCUGGACGACGAGGCGCGCCAGCGCGACGAGGCCGAGGCGGCGGCGCGCGCGCUGGGCCGCUUCGCCGGCGACGCGCGGCUGGCGCGCGCCGAGCUGGAGAAGAAGCUGCAGGCGCUGGCCGACGAGGGCCUCUUCCUGCGCCGCAGCCACGGCGACGAGGUGGCCGAGCUGCUGCGGCUCGCGCAGGGCGCGGGCGCGGGCCCCGCCGAGCCGCGCGACCCCGCGCUGCGCCCCGACGUCGCCUCGGCGCUGCGGGAGAUCCGCGCGCAGCUGGAGGGCCACGCCGCCAAGAGCGCGCUGCAGUCCGAGGAGUGGUUCCGCGUGAGGCUGGACAAGUUGUCGGAGGCCACCAGGGUGAAUACGGAUGCCAUCCACACUGCCCAGGAAGAGAUUUCCGAAUACCGCCGGCAGCUGCAGUCCAAAACCACAGAGCUGGAAGCUCUCCGGGGGACGAAAGAGUCUUUAGAGAGGCAGCGAGCUGACACUGAGGACCGCCACCACAUCGAGGUCCAGUCUUACCAGGAGACGAUCACGCAGCUGGACAAUGAGCUGAGGAAUACCAAGUGGGAAAUGGCGGCCCAGCUCAGGGAAUACCAAGACCUCCUCAAUGUCAAAAUGGCUCUGGAUAUCGAGAUCGCGGCAUACAGGAAGCUACUGGAAGGCGAGGAGUGCCGCCUGGGAGUGGGGAGUGGGCCCUUUCCCUUCCCGGAGGUCCUCCCGAAGGGUCCCGGCAUUGCUGCCCACAUAAAGGUUAAAAGCGAAGAGAAGAUCAAAGUAGUGGAGAAGUCUGAGAAGGAGACGGUGAUUGUGGAGGAGCAAACUGAGGAAGUCCAAGUGACUGAAGAAGUAACAGAGGAAGAGGGGGGUGAGAAAAAAGAGGAAGAGGAGGAAGAGGGAGAAGAAGGAGAAGGUGAGGCAAAAGAGGGAGAAUCUGAAAGAGGAGACGGGGAAGAAGCAGCAGCAGGAGAAGCAGAAGAAGAAGCAGCAGGAGAAGCAGCAGGAGAAGCAGAAGAAGAAGCAGAAGCUGCAGAGUCUCCAUCAAAAGAAAAGGCGGCUCCAUCUGCAGAGGAAGUGACUUCACCAGAAAAGGAGCCAGCGCCUGCAGAGGCCAAAUCCCCAGCUAAGAUUAAGUCACCAGCAAAGGAUGAAGCCAAAUCCCCAGCUGCCAAGUCUCCACCAAAGGUUGCUUCUCCCACCAAAGAGGGGGCCAAGCCCCCUGUCCAAGUGAAAUUGCCAACCAAGGAAGAGACAAAAGCUCCAGCAGCCAAGUCCCCCGAGAAGGCUGCAUCCCCCACCAAGGAGGAAGCCAAGUCUCCAGAAAAAAUAAAGUCUCCCAUCAAGGAGCCAGUCAAGUCUCCAGAAAAAGCCAAGUCUCCCGUCAAGGAGCCAGUCAAGUCUCCAGAAAAAGCCAAGUCUCCCGUCAAGGAGCCAGUCAAGUCUCCAGAAAAAGCCAAGUCUCCCAUCAAGGAGCCAGCCAAGUCUCCAGAAAAAGCCAAGUCUCCAGAAAAAGCUGCCUCUCCCACAAAAGAGCCAGCCAAGCCCCCCCAGAAGGAGGCAAAAUCACCUGUGAAGGAAGAGAAAGAGGAGAAGGCUCCGGUGAAGCCCAAAGCAGAAGAGAAGAAGGAGAGCAAGAAAGAAAAAGAACCAAAGCAGGAAACCCCAGCCAAGGAAGAGCCGAAACCAGAAGCCAAAGCCGAGGAAAAGAAAGUGAAGGCGGAAGACAAAGAAGAGAAGAAGGCAGCCGCUGUGCCUGAGCCCCCUCAGGAGAAGGAGGCCCCAGCUAAGGUGGAGGAGAAAAAGGAGAAGGAGCCAGCGAAGCCUGCCCCCAAGCCCAAGGAAGAGGCAGAGAAAGAAGUGGAGAAAGCAGCCAAGAAAGAGCCUGAACCAAAAGCUCCAGCUGAGGACGUGAAGGCCAAGACAUCAAGCAAGCCAGAAAAGAAGGAGGAGCCCAAGAAGGAGCAGGAGGAAAAAGCCAAAGACGAAGCAAAAGCCAAAGAAGAACAUAAGAAGGAACCGAGUGCCAAGGAGACUCCCAAGGCCGAGCCGGCAAAAGACGUGGCCAAGGUGGCCACGCCCAAGACGGAGAAAGUGGAGAAGUCCUCCAGCACAGAUCCCAAAGAUAGCAAACCCACAGAGAAAGCAGCUGUGGACGAGAAGGCCAAGAAGAGUGAGAAGUGAAGUGAGGAUGCGGGAGGAGCAUGACGG